AGCGGGUCAAAGAUGGCGGAAGGCGGGGAGGCAGGGCCGGGCGAGCGCGACAGGUCCUCGGGGCCCCGGCCCCCGAGCGCGCGGGACUUGCAGUUGGCCUUGGCAGAACUGUGUGAGGAUGAAGCGAAACGCAAAUCUUCCAAAUCUGAUAGACCUAAAGCUUCAAUCUUUAAAAGCCCACGAACCCCACCUCAAAGGUUCUAUUCAAGUGAGCAUGAAUACAGUGGGUUACAUAUAGCUCGACCUUCAACUGGGAAAAUUGUGAAUGAACUUUUCAAAGAGGCAAGGGAACAUGGGGCUGUCCCUCUGAAUGAAGCCACAAGAGCUUCAGGUGAUGACAAAUCUAAGUCUUUUACAGGCGGAGGGUACAGAUUGGGUAAUUCCUUUGGUGAGCAGUCUGAGUACAUCUAUGGGGAAAACCAGCUGCAAGAUGUUCAGGUUUUGCUUAAAUUGUGGAGCAAUGGGUUCAGUUUAGAUGAUGGAGAACUGAGACCUUACAACGACCCAACAAAUGCUCAGUUUCUGGAAUCUGUUAAGAGAGGAGAAAUUCCGCCAGAGCUUCAGCGACUGGUUCAUGGUGGCCAAGUGAACUUGGAUAUGGAGGACCAUCAGGAUCAAGAAUACAUCAAACCCAGAUGGAGGUUCAAGGCUUUUAGUGGAGAAGGACAAAAACUCGGAAGCCUUACACCUGAAAUCGUCAGUACGCCUUCCUCACCAGAAGAGGAGGAUAAGUCAAUACUUAAUGCAGUUGUUCUUAUCGAUGAUUCAGUGCCAACAACAAAGAUUCAAAUCAGGCUGGUAGAUGGGAGUCGUUUGAUACAAAGAUUCAAUAGUACACACAGGAUCCUGGAUGUUCGGGAUUUCAUUGUACAGUCCCGCCCUGAAUUCGCAGCUCUUGACUUUAUUCUCGUGACUUCAUUUCCAAACAAAGAGCUAACAGAUGAAAGCCUGACACUACAAGAAGCAGAUAUUCUUAACACUGUGCUACUCCAGCAACUAAAAUGAUGCUGCUUCUCCUGUUCAUGCGGUCACAUAGGACAGGGAUAAUGUGCCAUAUUUAAUAAGGAAAACUUUCUUUUAAAAAUGCCAAAUUGUUUUUAUUAUUUAUACAGAUACUUUUUGGUUUUACUCUUAUUCUAUCCUCCAACCUUAGCAUAAAUGAAUUUGGACUGGGAAUGGAUCUCAAGAUAAAUGUGUUGAAUUUUUAGUUGUAGGGCCAGCUUAUAUUCAUAGGUUUUAAAUAUCCAGUCAAACCAAUUUGUGACAUGCUCAGUGUUAAUGUAACAACAUAUGUUGGCAGUGAAAAUGAACAAAACUCCAUUUUGAUAAACUUGGUGAAAUUUACACUGAAAUUUCUUCAUGCUGCAUUGAUCAAGAGCCAUUAAGGAAUCUUCUGAUCAAAUAUUUUGAAAAAAAUUUUUGUAACAUAUACUAAAGAGUAUCUGUAUUCUGAUUUUUGAAAUGCUCUGAUCAUAUGAUGAUUAUUUCUCCUAUUAAGAUAUUAUACGUCUUUUUGCUGAUUUAGCUAUAUUACUGUAUCAAGAAAACAGAGUUUGGCCUUGUAUUUUACAGAACUAUGAACAUCCCAACCUAGAAACAGACAUAACAGUCAGCAGUCUUGAGAUGUGGUCAACAGCACUCUAACACAGAGAAAUGACAGUCCCUCUCAGAGCCUGCCUGAUCACAUGCAUUUAUUUGUUCAACACCUUUCUGGGAAAGGGGUCCCCACCCCGCCAGGCCGCAUACCUGGCCCAGACCAUGGUCUGCUAGGAACUGGGCCCCACAGCGGGAGGCGAGCCACAGGCAAAGGAGUGAAGCCUUGUUCGUGUUACCCUUCACCACCUGUCCCAGCCCACCCCCAACCCCCACCCCCCACCCCAUCUUCCACAGACCCAGUGCCUGGUGCCAAAACGGUUGGAGUCCCCUGUUUAGGGGACCCACUGUAGAUAUUAAACACUAUUCGAAGUGUCAACACCAGAAUGUAUUCUACUCCAGAACAAAACAAGUGUAGGAAUAAAGGAAUGUCAAUUCUGUCGGGCUGCCUGGAUCUAAAGAAUGGCCAGCAGGAGUGUUCGCACUUCUGCUGAAGCCAGGUAUUUCCUGGAUGAGGCGGGCUAUGUCAGGAAUGAUAGAAAAGCUUUUUUUCUUCCCAGAGACCACUUCAUCUUGGUCACCACUCCUGAUUAGUAUUCUGUUGCUGCUGAUAACGGGUGACUACGAACUUGGUGGCCCAUAACAGCACAGGCUCAUUACCUCCCAGUUCUUCAGGUUAACCUAGCCUCGCUGGGCUGGUAUGAAGGUGCUGACAGGACUGCCUUGCUUUCUGGAGACUCCGGAGGAUGCAUUUCCUGGCCUUUUCAGCUUCUAGAGGCCACUUGCAUUCCUUGGCCUGUGGCCCUCCGUCCCCGUCUUUAAAGCCAGCAACAUUGUAUCUUUCUGACUUUUCUCUGUCAUUUUAUUUCUGUGACAAUAGCCAGGAAAGGUUCUCUGCUUUCAAGGACUCGUGAUUAGAUUGGGUCCACUAGGUCUCCAGGAUUAUUUUCCCAUCAUAAAGUCUGUAGGAACCUUAACCACAUCUUUAAAUUCUCUUUUACCGUGCAAAGUACCGUAUCACAGGUUCCUCUGGAGGCUCCCGGAGUGAGUCUGUGCUUUGCCUCUUCCAGCUUGUAGAGGCUGCUGGCAUCCCCUCGCCGAUCUUCGCGUCCCUGUCCCUCCAGUCUGCUUCUGUUCUUACCCCUGUUACUACCAACUUUAGUUCCGCUUUUCUCUUUUAAGGAUCUUUGUGAUUACAUUUAGUUUACAUAGAUAAUCCAGGAUAAUCUCAUUUCAAAAUGUUUAAUACGACAUCUGCACAACUCGCAGAUUUGAAGAUUGGACUAUGAGUAUUUUAGAGGCCGGGGCUGGGGGGUACUCUCUGUUCACCAGUUUACUCCUGCCUCAAAACUUCACAUCCACCCCAAAAAGUCAUCCCAGACAGAGGUGCUCAGAAAUCUCAGACCAUUACAGCAUCAGCUUCAAGUGCAGCAUCUUAUCUGAAUCUCACUGAAAAAUCCCAAAUCUCAUUUAAAGCAUUUAAGUCAGGUAUGAGUGGGGACCUGUGUAUGAUUCCUGAAACACAGUUCCCCUCCACCUGAGACCCUAGAACCAGUGAUUUUUUUCCAAAAUAUGAAGACAGGACAGGCAUAGAAUGACAGUUACAGAUAUUCCCAUUCAAAAAAUCAGAAAACGAAUGGAAAAAGGAUGCACCAGUGCCAAGGAACUUAGAAAUUUAGUUAGGUGCACUCUGUCGAGUCAGCCUGGGACUGGUGUUCUGUGACGGACAGCACCGUCCUCUGGGCUCAAGGCUUCCUCUGCGUCCUCACCUUUUUCAUGAAAGGUAGCGUGUGUUUGCAGCCAAAUAGUUUCAUCAACUUGUUUCCUGUCUGGAAAUCUGGGAGGUCCGAUUACCUGCCAUUUCAUAUACACUCUGCACCUUUUAGUUGAAGCGGGUGCUGUCUGCUGGAUCUUCUGUGUGUUACAGGAUUCACUAUAGACUAAAGGCUCCUCCACCUGAAUUUUUCUAAAUAAGUAACUCCAUCUCUGAUUUUGUUCUGAGAUGGCUGAGGGUCUAUAAGUCACACUCCAGAUCUCUUCAAAGAGCCUCUUGUGUGACCGAACACUCAGGCCUUUGCAUCUGACCGAGGUAUUAGCAAAAGUUGUGCAGCCGCCCUCUUGCCCCUUUCCCCAGAGCAGGCUUUCCAGAAUCUCGUAAUCUUAAUGUCUUUUGCCGUUUGGGUAGGCCAAGAAUUUUCAAGUCAUCAAGUCCUAUUUGUAUUUAACAGUUGUUCCCUCAGUUUAUCUCCCCUCACAUUUUACUUUCAUCUGCAAGAAGGAAGCCAGCCUCACCUUCUGCACUUUGCUUAGAAAUCUCUUUAGCUAACCAAACUAAGUUCACUACUUAAAAUUUCUGCUUUUCACAGAACUGCAGGGCACCAGCUAAGCUUUUGGCCAGUAACUGUCAUCUCUUUUCCUGUAGUUUCCAACAGCAUGCUCCUCACUUCCCUCUGAGCCCUCCCAGGCGUCACCGAGCCCUGACCGACCGUGUUAAAGGCAGUCUUGGCUUUUCUGUGUCGGGCUCUUAGAAUGUCUUCCAGCACCUACUCAGCAGUUCCAAAGCCACUUCUGUCAUUUCAGGGCAUUGUUGCGGCAGCGCCCCACUUCCAGGUAUCUAGAAAACUUUUUCGCCUGCUUGCUGCCAGUUGCCAUGAAUGUGCCAACAAGAGAUUUCGAAUUCUUCACCUUUCUCAGGGGGCCCUGGUUUUAAGGCAGUGGCUUUACCUGUGUCUCGGGUUUGAAUACCGGGAGUGCUACCAGAAUUUCCGCCUGUGGAAGUGUUGACCACACCACCACAAAGACAACUUUCUCGGAGUGUCGUAUUAGAGAGUAAGAUUAUUCCUAAGUCUCCUCAGGAUAGUACACCCUGUUUCUUCCCACUCAUUGCAAACAACUUGGAAAAUAUAUAAAUAAUAGUUUAAAGAAUGAGUCUCAGUUCAGAAAGUUGACAAGGGAUACACUGCAUUUUCUCAGGAGCAAAAUCAUCUUCCUUAAGGAAAUGUGCUAUUGGAACAAAUGAGCAUUUUACCUAAAAGGGCGUUGUUCUGCUUUGAAUUAACAAAAUGAGGGUGGGGGAGAAUAGCCAAACCCUGUAAAAUUACUUGAAAUUUUAUUCUUAUAGUUGACUUUUAUCAAUUAUGCGCGCAUACAGAACAACUGCCAUUUUUGUACACAGCAGUCUUCCAAAAUGCAGAGAUUUACAUUAGGAGAGAGAAUUAAACAGAAGGGAUGAACGAAGCUUACAUGAACUACAUAGUAUUUUGCAUCAUUCAGAGUCAUUUUCCUGGUUUCUUUUUACUUCUGCAGUCAUGGUAACUGAAAAUCUGUAAUCCUCUCAGAAAAGAGUUUGUCACAGCAGUGAGGCGACUGUGCGUGAAAUCGGUUGUUUGCAUGACAUAUGUAAUCACAAACUUUUCAAGUGUCUGCUUACCAAUAAAGAAUGUUUUCACAGAAA